UCCGUGCUCGAGGAAAUCGACUUUAAAUUAUUCUCUGGCGUAUUUGCAUUCGUAAUUGGGUGAUCUGAAACGGUCAGCGGGAAUAAAUGUGUCUAACCGGUUCGAUGGAAUUCGUAUUCGAGAAAUUUUGGAAUUUUGUUAUUUUGAAAAUGCGCCAGGGAUAUAGGGUAGGAAUACUUUAGAUGAAAAAACGUGUCUUUCACUGUGGUUCAAACGGACUGAUGUAACAUAACCUAUUCUGCCCGUCAAAAGAAUCUCACGCCUGCAGUGUAAUGUUAUCAAGACAAUAUAAAUGCAUAAUGAACAACAGAUUUAAAUUGUUAGCUCGUAAUAUCGGAGCCUUCAAGCAGUCUCCGCUUUUCGAGCAUAUUAUUCCUCAAACAACUACUUCAUGUGUCAGACAUAAGUCCUCUGGACCUAUGAACAUUGGUAUAAUGUUCGUCCCGCAACAAGAGGCAUGGGUCAUCGAAAGAAUGGGAAGGUUUCAUAAAAUCUUGGAGCCAGGUUUAAAUCUACUCAUACCAAUAAUUGAUCAAGUGAAGUAUGUUCAAUGUCUCAAAGAAAUAGCUAUAGAAAUUCCACAACAGUCCGCAGUGACUUCAGACAAUGUUACAUUAGAUAUCGAUGGAGUAUUAUAUUUAAGAAUAGUUGAUCCAUAUUUAGCAUCUUAUGGUGUUGAGGACCCAGAGUUUGCUAUAAUUCAGUUAGCUCAAACUACAAUGAGGUCUGAGUUGGGUAAAAUUUCAUUGGACAAGGUGUUUAUGGAGAGAGAAGGUCUUAAUGUUUGUAUUGUUGAUAGCAUCAAUAAAGCAAGCAAUGUGUGGGGCAUUACUUGUCUUCGAUAUGAAAUACGUGAUAUAAGAUUACCGAAAAGAGUACAAGAAGCAAUGCAAAUGCAAGUAGAAGCAGAACGUAAGAAGCGAGCUGCAAUUCUGGAGUCAGAGGGUCAAAGAGAGGCAGAUAUAAAUAUUGCAGAAGGAAAACGCUUGGCACAAAUUUUAGCAUCGGAGGCUACGAAACAGGAAGAAAUAAACAAAGCAGAUGGUGCAGCAAAAGCUCUAGUAACUGUGGCAGAAGCACGUGCAAAGAGCUUGAAACUUGUGGCAAGCGCUCUUACUUUAUCAGACGCAAAGAAUGCGGCUGCGCUUGGCAUAGCUGAACAGUAUGUUAAAGCAUUUAAUAAACUGGCAAAACAUAACAAUACUUUAAUAUUACCUAGUAAUGUAUCUGAUGUGUCUUCCAUGGUAACACAAGCAAUGACGAUUUAUAAACAAGUUAUGUCCCAACCUUAUGAUCAUAUGAAACCAACUGGUAACACUCAACUAAAUGUCACUGAUUCAGACGAAGCAUUCGAGUAUUUUAGUGAUAAGGAAGAAGCUGAAAAACACAUAGACAGUAGGAAACAAAAUCCUAAAAUGUUAUAAUGUAUUUCUACAUGGUAUAUACAUAAAUAUAUUUAACUUUUCUUACUUGUCUAAAAUUAUCAUGAUACAAGCAUACUGAUAGAAAAGGAACAAGUGUAUUCAUUUAGUCACAUGGAGGAGAAUGAUCAAAAAUCUUUAUUAACGAAGUAAUUGAACUACAUGUAAUAGUUGAUAAUUUGAGACAGUAUCAAAACUCAUUUCUUCCGACUUAUUUGAGCGUGAUGGUAUGGUAGAAAAGUUGCAUUAAGUUAAUAAUUUUCCCUAUUUUCUUUUCUUUGUGUGCACUGCUACCGGUACAGGUACUGGCACGGAAUAUGUCUCUUGGGAGAUUCGGUUUAUGUAAUAAAGAGCAACCAUGGAAAAUAAGAAACAGGUUGUAAUU